CCCACGGACACACACAGAAACUUGGGAAUCUAAUCUAAUGUCUGUCCCACUUUCUCCAUAGAGCCCACGUCCCAACAACCCGGUAGAUAGGCCUACGAGUCAAAGCUACUAGCAUCAUGUAUGAAAGGUAUGAAAGGUGUGAAAUGUCAUCGACUUGUGUCUUAAGGAAUGCUUAAAAGAAGAAUAUAAACUCUUCGUCCAACAGCCUGCCAUUGGUUCUACAAUUCCCACCUGUACUUAUUGCUUCAAUCUUGCGCUGACAAGCAUAACGACAAACAAUGACGCAAAUCCCGCAGGUGAACGGAUUUCCCAGCAUUGAUGGCGUUGCUGAAGUCUACUCAGACUACCUCAUUGUCGGCACUGGCCCUGCUGGUGCGUCGUUGACGUGUUUUCUGGCGCAUUAUGGUGAGACGCAAACAGCAUACCCUCAAAUCACCAAGACUUUUGAAUUGGCCCCUGUAGCCCGGGUUUUAGACCAAAAUCGAGUUUUUAUUCAGGAUUGACUGGCUUGAUUGUGAGCCAGGGCCCCGGCAACGCGGACACACCUCGAGCUCAUAUUCAGCAAAAGCCAACUGGUCUUGGCAAGGGGAUAUUUGUAUUGGGGAAAUGUCCUCGCAAUCUUCCAUUCCAAACAAUUUGAAUGACAUUUAUGUCACGUAUGUUCUUGCGAUGUGAGGAGCAUGAGCAUCAGGAAACCAUUUCUCCCGCAUUCUUUCAAAAUAUUUCUGAGUUGUGUAGUGAACUAAACGAAUGACAGCAGUCUGUUUCUACACAGCUACUAUUCCAGCG